AUGGCUACAUCAGAAGCAACACCUAUGAAUAUUGAUGAUGCUGAUUCUCCAAGUGGUUCAACAACUGAUACAACUAUUGGACAACGUAAACGUUUUGAAGUUAAAAAAUGGAAUGCUGUAACAUUAUGGGCAUGGGAUAUUGUUGUUGAUAAUUGUGCUAUAUGUCGUAAUCAUAUUAUGGAUCUUUGUAUUGAAUGUCAAGCAAAUCAAGCUGCAGCAACAACUGAAGAAUGUACUGUUGCUUGGGGUGUAUGUAAUCAUGCAUUUCAUUUUCAUUGUAUAUCACGAUGGCUUAAAACACGUCAAGUAUGUCCAUUGGAUAAUCGUGAAUGGGAAUUUCAAAAAUAUGGUCGUUAA